AAAAAAGUGAAUAACUUCGCAGUUCUCGUUCAGUUCACCAAAGGCUAUCAACUGAGAAGGACAUUAAUAAAAAUCGAAACCGACAUUGAGAAAACCAUUGCACGUAUACAGAUGUUUGUACAUUUUAUGAGAGCUUAGUAGAACUCUGUGCACGAAGAAUAGGAAGUCGCAAUUCUACUGCGUCAACACGAUUGAUGAUUGAAAAUGGAAACAGUAAAUAAAAGAAACUGUGUUAAAUUUACGAUUAAUGGAGCACCGCAUAUUGUAUCAGGAUAUAUACCGACUGGCACAUCCCUCAAUGUCUACAUUCGCGAUUAUGCAAAACUUCGCGGUACAAAAGCCAUGUGCCACGAGGGUGGCUGUGGUGCCUGUGUCGUGGCUGCAAAAAUCAAGGGCAAGACAAUAGCCGUAAAUUCCUGUCUUGUAUCGAUACUGAACUGCGACGGAUGGGAUAUUCGCACUAUUGAAGGCUUAGGUAACAAGCUAGAUGGUUAUAAUACGAUUCAAGCUACGCUUGCUGCAAAAAAUGGCUCGCAAUGUGGAUAUUGCUCUCCCGGAAUGGUGAUGAAUCUAUAUGGUCUUGUACAUGAUAAAAAGAUGUCUAUGCAGCAAAUCGAAAAUUCGUUCGGUAGCAACAUCUGUCGAUGUACCGGGUAUCGUCCGAUUUUAGAUGCUUUCAAGGGAUUUGCCAACGAUGCACCCCCAUCAAUGGUGAAGAACAUUUGCGACAUUGAGGAGUUAUACAAAAUCAAAGCUUGCCCAAAAUACUGUAAUAUGCCAGAUACAGAAAGUAAUGACGAGCAAUCUUCCAAUGAACAAUCUUCCAACGAAAACACAACGCUGGAUGUGAAGUUAGCGGAUGCUGAAUUCUUCAAAGUUUACUCGAUCAAUGAUCUAUUCGCGAUAUUUCGACAGAAACCAUACGCCACGUAUAUAUUAAAUGGAGGAAAUACCGCACAUGGUGUUUAUCGCACGAGCAAGAAAGACCUCUACAUUGACAUAAACGACAUCCCAGAUUUGCGUCAGAUCGUAAAAAACAACGAGUUCUUACUCCUAGGCGGAAAUACGACCCUUACCACGGCGAUAGAAAUCUUCCAAGAGUAUUCAUCCGAGAAAACCAGAUUUAAAUAUCUACGUCAAUUGGCCGAACACAUAGACUUGAUCGCACACGUGCCCGUGCGAAACAUCGGCAGCAUCGCCGGCAACCUGAUGAUCAAGCACGAGCACAACGAAUUCCCGUCCGAUUUGUUUUUGAUAUUACAAACAGCCGAUUGUCGAGUACACGUCCUCGACGGAUCCGGUCGCAAGGAACACUUGACGCUGAUCGACUUUCUGAAGACCGACAUGCGCCAUAAGAUCAUCUACAGCAUCGUCUUGCACCCGUUUUCUGAGGAGUACGUGUACAGAUCUUACAAGAUCAUGCCCAGAGCCCAGAAUGCUCACGCUCACGUCAACGCAGGUUUCCUCUUCAAGCUCGACUCCAAAGGCACGGUGCUGGAGAGGCCCAACAUUAUCUUUGGAGGGAUCAACAAGAAUUUUUCUCACGCGUCGAAUACGGAGCUAAUAUUGGUAGGUAAAUCAAUUCUGGACAAUCAAGUGCUGAAGACCGCUUUGAAGACGUUGCAUGAUGAACUGCAACCAAAUCAUGAGCUACCGGACUAUUCGCCGGAAUUCCGCAGGACUCUCGCCGAGGGAUUAUUUUAUAAGUUUGCGUUGAGCAUCAAACCGGACAACGUAAAUUCCAAACUUCGUAGUGGGGGAUUCUUGUUAGAACGAGGUCUUUCUUCAGGUAUGCAGGACUACGACACGAACAAAGACAUGUGGCCGGUAAAUAAACCCAUACCGAAGUUAGAUGCAAUCAAACAGACAUCGGGCGAGGCUCAGUAUUGCAACGAUUUACCUCCAUAUCCUGGAGAAGUGUUUUGCGCUUUCGUCCUCACGAAAGUCGGUAAUGGCAAGAUCGAUAGUAUAGAUGCGAGUAAGGCGCUUGCUAUGAAGGGUGUAGUGGCGUUUUUCAGCGCCAAGGACGUACCCGGUAAGAAUUUGUGCAUCUCAGCCGACAGCAAGUUGCUUUUGUUGCUGCACGACGAGUUGCUGUUCGCCGAAAAGGAAGUUCAGUAUGCCGGCCAGCCAGUCGGCGUAAUCGUCGCAGAGACGCAUGAUUUGGCGAACGAGGCCGCGAAAUUGGUGCAAAUUAAGUAUAGCGGAUCUCUGAAAACGAAGCCGGUGAUAAGCAUCGAGGAUGCACUCGCCUCGGGGGAUAACAGUAGAAUCGUGAAGGGCAUCACCAUUCCGGCGCUAAUAAAAGGAAUUAAUACUAAACACGUAAUAAAGGGCGUUUUUCAAUGCGGUAGCCAAUAUCAUUACACUAUGGAGCUUCAAUCCUGCGUGUGCGUUCCUGUAGAGGAUGGUAUGAACGUCUAUCCAUCGUCGCAAUGGAUGGAUCUCAUUCAAGUAUCGAUCGCGAAUUGUCUCAAUGUUAAAAAUAAUAGUAUCAAUGUGUAUGUCAGACGACUUGGCGGUGCAUACGGAGCGAAAAUCUCACGCAACGCGCAAAUCUCGUGUGCUUGUGCACUGGUAUGUCACAAAUUGAAUCGUCCAGCUCGAUUUGUCAUGACGAUAGAAGAUAAUAUGCAGGCAAUAGGCAAGAGAUAUUCUACACGUCAAGAAUAUGAGAUCGGCGUGGACAAUGACGGAGUUAUCCAAUAUCUCAACUCAAAACAUUGGGGCAACUGCGGUUCCAGUUUCAACGAACCACACGCUCCCAUAGUGAUUAUCUUCAUGAAAAGUAAUUGCUAUGCAACCGAGAGAUGGACUUUGAAUGGAUUCGAGGUACGAACCGAUAUACCAUCGAAUACGCAUUGUCGAGCGCCGGGGUCCACGGAAGGAAUAGCCAUGGUCGAGAAUAUGAUAGAGCACAUUGCGAAAGUGACGAAGAAGGAUCCGGUGCAGGUCAGAUUGUCGAAUAUGAACAUUUUGGAUAAAAUCCCAUUAGAAACCAUGGUAAAGGAUUUGUCGAAAUCAGCCGAUUACGAAAAGCGGAAGCGGGCCGUUGAAACGUUCAACAAUCAGAAUCGUUGGAAAAAAAAGGGAAUAGCCAUGGUGACGAUGAAGUAUCCAAUAUUGUAUGCAGGGCAAUUCAACGUAAUGGUGUCGGUCUGCGCUCGCGACGGUUCGGUUUGCGUGACGCAUGGCGGAAUCGAGAUGGGUCAAGGUAUAAAUGUCAAGAUCGCUCAAAUAGCAGCUCGUACAUUGGAAAUCGAUCUCGAAUUGAUCUCCGUUAAACCAAGCAAUAAUUUAGCAACACCGAACAAUGUAUUUACAGGGAGUAACAUUUCUACCGCGUCUUGCGGAUACGCAACGAUCCAAGCUUGCAAAGAAAUUUUGAAAAGACUCGAACCAAUAAAAAAGCUAAUGGAUAAUACGAGCUGGAAGGAUCUCGUUUUUAUGGCGUAUCAAAAGGACAUUGAUUUAUGCGCAUAUUACAUGAAGGAUACGAAGAAUCUGGAGUCUUACGGCGUUUACGGCGUCACUAUCGCCGAAGUGGAGAUCGAUUUGCUGACCGGCCAGCACAUUAUCAGAAGAGUUGAUGUGAUGGAAGACGCCGGUGUCGCCUUAAAUCCGGAGAUCGACGUCGGUCAAGUGGAGGGAGCUUUCGUGAUGGGAAUAGGAUACUGGACUUCUGAGGAUCUGGUAUACGAUCCUAAAACAGGAGUAUUAACGAAUAACAGAACAUGGAAUUAUAAACCGCCAGGAGCGAAGGAUAUUCCUGAAGAUUUCCGCGUGUCUUUACGCAAAAAUUCGCAAAACCCAGUUGGUCUAUUUGGUUCAAAAGCUACGGGUGAACCACCGAUUUGUAUGGGUUGCGUAGUUCCGAUCGCUAUUCGCAAUGCAUUGGAUUCUGCUAGGGCAGAAGCGGGGAAUACGGACGAUUGGUAUCGAAUGGAUGCACCAUAUACCACCGAACGUAUACUUUUAAGCACUUUAACUGACAAGGAAAAUAUGGUGCUUUGAAACACAAAAUAAGAUUCAUUUACGAAUAAUUAGGUGUUUGCAAUAAUGUACUGUAGAACUUAUUUACUUUUUGAUCGCUUCCUAACUGGAAUAAUAAAUUUAGAGGUCGGACAAGAUAAUUUAUCUAUACGUUUUGCUCACACAAAAGGUUUUGAGGAUAAUAAUGGGACCAUGAUAAUUCGAUUAGUUAACAGGCUCUUAAUAUAACUAAUGUACAACUUCUAUUUUUAUGGUAAAUAAUUUCAAUAAAUAUUCUCUAUUAAACGCCACUGAUGUGCUACAUAGUAAAUAUUACAACAACAUAUCUGCAGUGUGUAAUUGGCAUUAAUGAUAAUAUAAUAUAAAGUAUGUCACAAAUAAUAAUCGUAAAUAAUAAUUCAAUAUAAGUAUAUUACCUCUCUCGAGAGAAUCUACAGCAACGAUUAUUACCAUUACAUACGCAGACAUCAAACGUUAAACAUCGUUCGACAUCGUUUGCAUUAUUUGCACUUGAGGGUGGAUGAGGAAGGGUGGUAUAAAAAGGAAAACGGAACGAAACGAGAUUAUGGCAUGCUAGAAGUUUGAUUUGCAAAAAAUUAAUCGACAUGCACCGUACCGUGCCUUGUCGCGAGAUAGGAGGAAAAACGCUUCUCUGGAAUGUGUACUUUCCGCGACGCCAUUCUCAAGACGUCCCGUUUCACACGACAUAACGUUACCUUAUGCUAUUCGCGUUGCGCGCUUCACGCAAUGAGUAAAAAACAUGCCAAACUUAACUCGGGCGCGCGCGGCCUCAAUAAUUAAAAACUCCCGGAGCGCGCGAAUAACGAAUACACCGAGCUUUCAAGCGUAAAUAACGAAUAUCGGAAAACCGAUGUAAUCUGGGAGAGACCGAGUCGCAAUGCUGCAACGUGGAACGUAUCUCGUUACGUUCCUUUAAAACGACUAAAGACGGAGAUCAUCCUCAGACGAUCAUGCAUUAUCCGAUAUCUGAAUUUUCCGGGAUUAGAUCGAUUUUUUUCUUCACCGUAAAUAAAUUCCGCGUAGCGAGAGCCUGCACUUCUCGAUUUUUAUCGCUGCCCUCCGCCGAGUUUCCCUUCGAUAACGUGCCACAUAGGGAGUGAAUAAGCGGAAUAAAAGACUUCAAGCUGAACCCGUCCAACGCAUUUGGAAGCAAAAUCGUCUCUCCUCGUAUAUUAUACCUCUCUAAAUCCGAUAAAUCCGUCGCGAACUAUAUAUCUUACAAUUAAACGCCGGGUACAUUAUAGAAAGUAGAGCGGUCCCUUUCGUUUUAUUGUUUGAACGCAGGAUAAUGAUAUAUUUCGCGCUUGCCCCUGAUCAUCAUCACCAAGCACGUGUUUGCGUGUGAUCGAACGUGAAAGCAGGUGACCGCAUGACGACUACAGUCGUCCAACUCGGACGAGAUAAUAGCGAGACAAAAUGCCUCGAUGUGUCCGCAAUGUCGAAGAAUCGUCUUUUUUCCUUCUAAAUUAGUCCGCUUGUUGGGACAAUUAUAAUGUUA